AUGAGUUACAUACAAAGAGAAGGCUGUUAUUAUUUGCAUAUAAAAGUGAGCAAGAAAAAAUUUGUGGGGAAUCUAUCCGAAAAACAAUUUCUAAACGAUUGUGGCCUGUAGAAUCCAAAAAUCUGGGCAAGGAUCUCAUCAAGCUAAAAAUAAAGCUAUAACAUCUAUGUUGUGUAGAAUCCACCAAAUAAACAACAAGAUCUGACCAGGGCAAUUAAAGUUUAGGGUUCCGCACUCAGGGCGAAGAAUCGGAUAGAAUUCUUAGGGUGCGCGCAUAAACAAAACAUACCCCCAACCUUUAAAGUUCUUCAUCAGCACGUUCGUAGAAACUAGCCCGAAACAAAAAAAUUUUUUAUAGCAUCCACGAGGCAUUUUUAGGUAGAAAUUUUGUAAUAUUGGAUACACGAGUUAUUAGUGACUCAAGGUAUUAUCUAACCCACUCGGCAAGUCUCGUAGGUCAACUAUACCUUUCGUAGGUAGUCUCUAAGAUCAUCCAACACAAAUAUAACUAUUUAUCUAUGGCCCAAUACAGUUACAGAACAAAACAAUUUAUGAACUCGUUGUAUUUCUUUCACAAUAACCUACUUAAGCAACCGAAUCGAUUUAAAAGUAGCACAAGCACUUUCGCAAAAACAACAAAGUACAUAAACAAAAGCGCAACCCGACUUAUUUAAAUUAAUCAUGUAAAUGGUUAGUAAUUGAGGCACUAAUGGUCCCGUUUACAUCUCGCCAUGUUUACGAUAAUAGAUUCCGUCGUCUUCAUCGUGGUGAUACUCGCCAGCCUGUGCAUCGGGGUGUACUUCGGAUUCUGGAAGAAAACGCAAACCACGGACGAGUAUCUCCUGGGUAGCAGGACCAUGAAGGUCAUACCCAUCGGACUGUCGCUCAUCGCGAGUCAAGUUUCCGGAUUUACAAUUUUGGCACUUCCGUCCGACUCCUACGUUUUCGGCGCGAACUCGCUUUGGAUGUGCGUGGCAAUAUCGAUCGUGUGCCCGUUGGCGUCUUACAUCUACCUGCCCGUGAUAAUGAAACUAAAGACGCCGAGCAUAUUCGGAUACCUGGAGCUGAGGUUCAACAGGACCGUGAAAAUCAUGGCGUCCUGCAUUUAUAUCCUGCAGAUGCUGUUGUUUAAUCCCGUGGUGGCCUACACUCCAGCGAUAGCGUUUUCACAAGCUACUGGAAUCAACACUCACAUCGUCACCUCUACAAUGUGCAUUGUUUGCAUAUUCUACACGACAAUUGGAGGAUUUAAAGCCGUUGUGUGGACGGAUGUUCUUCAAAUUGGUGGUAUUCUUGCAUCAGUAACCGCGGUAUUUGGAUUAGGCGUAGCUGCGGUUGGUGGAUUUGAUGCGGUCUUCACGAAGGCUUCGCGUGGCCAACGUUUCGACUUUAAUUUCAGCAUUGAUCCAACGAAGCGAGAUGGAUUCUGGCAAGUGCUACUAGGUUGUACCACUGUCUGGGUGUAUAAUGUGAAUUUUUAUCCGGUAGCCGUUCAAAAAUACCUUUCAGUUCCAGCACUUUCCAAUGCCAAAAGAGUAGUUCUUUUGCAGUGCUUGGGAUUAGUGUUCGUACACUUUUUGAGCAUUUUGACUGGUAUUAUCAUUUAUGCAAGAUACGAAGGGUGCGAUCCCAUUCAGAAUGGCGACGUAGACCGAGCAGAUCAAAUCUUGCCUUACUUCGCAGUUGAUGUUUCCAGAAACAUCCCGGGAUUGCCCGGAAUUUUUAUUGCGGGAUUGUUUAGUGCUGCUUUGAGCACUCUUUCUGCAACGUUCAAUGCGCUGGCAGCUACGAUUCACAGUGACCUGAUUGCGCCUUUUCUUUCGAAUGAUGUUUUGAGGAGAAGAGAGGGUCAUAUUUUAAGAUCGAUUGUUGUAAUCGCCGGAAGCAUUUGUAUAAUUUCGGCGCUUUUCGUCGACAGACUGGGUAGUCUGAUGGCGUUUAUUAACGGCUCGGUUGGAGUAACGUGCGGAUUAUUCGUUGGGCUGUUUUCCUUAGGCAUGGUCUUUCCAAUGGCACACUCGAAGGGUGCGCUUUGGGGAAUUGUCUCCGGUUUUGCGGUGGUUGGUACCAUUACUAUAGUAAACCAAUGGUAUACCUUGCAUGGAAUCACAAACAAUUUUGCAAAACCGCUUUCAGUCGAACUUUGUGAAACUCCCAUCAACAUCACUCAGCCCAGUGACAUACAUCAACCAGAACAACCCUUUGUACUAUUUCGAUUGUCAUUUUGGUACAAUUCGGUUAUGAGCGCUUUGAUUGUGACACUGGUUGGACUUUGUGUAAGUUGGUGUUCAAAAAAUGAUCGACCAUGGGUUGAUCCCGAUCUCAUUAGUCCGAUAUUCAAGUUCCUAUUAGUGCAACGGGAUAUGAAUGGUAAUUCUCUUGACAUGUACACUAUUGCUAGUUCCUAUGAUACAGAUAAAUACCAUUUUGAAGAUUCUCAGUCAUAGUUGUAGUGCAGAAUUAUUUAUUUUUUGUAAUUGUUUUUUUGUGUGAUUAAAGAACAAAACACUUAGUA